AUGAGCGAAAGAGGUUCCGAGAUGGUAUUCCGAUCGGAGAAUAUCCCGGUCCGGUUCUUCAAAGCAUGCCGGUGGUGUCGCCGGCAGAAGAUGCGUUGCGAUGCACGCAACCAGGUUCCAUGUUUCCGUUGUCGCUCUACAGGCCGGGAUUGUAUCUUGGAUCCUAUCGAUGACGGAAGACGGCGAAAUGAACGCCGCAGGAAAACUGCGACACCAUCACGAUGUCAAGUAGCGACUUCACCGCUGGACCCGCGCAGUGGGUUUCACACCCCCGCAUCAAGAGAGCAAGAGUACUCUCCCGCCACGGGGCAGGACGCUGCGGCGUUUGAUACCUCGAUUGACUCGAUGCCUGAAUCGACUACGUUGGGAGACCUUCAACGGUCCCAAACUGCUGAUCACAAUGGACGGGAAUCUCAGCAGUUGAGCCCGAAUGAUAUGAUUGCGCCGGUCUCGGCAGUGCAUUCCAUGUCUGUAAACUUGCUGGGGUCAAAUAAUAUAUUCAUGGAUAAUUCAACCAAAGGCGAUCCGAAGAGCGAUAUUAUUGCUCGAGGUAUUGUCAGCGAAGAACAGGCCCGUGUCAUGUAUGAGAGGUUUAUGGGGGGAAGCAAAAAUUACUUGCCUCUUUUCGACCCAAUUCGAGAUACAUUUGACUCUAUCAGGUCACGCUCUUUGUUUUGCUUUACAGUGAUCAUUUACCUCGCGAGUCGUGCAGUGGCCGACCUGCGCAGUGACACGCAUAUGCAACGUGUACUGCAAGAUGAGGCGCAGCGACUCGCCGAAGACAGUUUCUUCGAGCGACCCACGAAACUAGAAACUGUCCAAGGCAUGAUUCUCCUUGCUGCCUACUCCGAGAAAACCUGGUUCUCGACCGCGCUCAUUCUGCGCACUGCUUUGGAUUCUGGAUUGGAAAAGUCGCUGGACACUUUACUAUCUCAGGAAAACUUGCCUCGGAGCGCGCUCUCUGCUUCUAUGGCGGAUCGUCAACUAGUGUGGCAAACGAGGACCUGGCUGAUUAGCUUCACGUUAGAGUUGGAUGUGGCCUCUGGGACAGGCCGCAAGUCACGUAUAGCCGAGGUGGACGUUGAAAAGCUACGCAGAUUUCUCGAUUAUCCGCUCUCUCUGCCUUGCGACAUGCGCACUGUGUCUAUUAUUGAACUCCAUCAACUUCGAGGCAAAUCCCGAAUGAUCCUCGAAAACUCGCCGACGAUCCGCGAUAUUGUAUCCACAGAGUUACCAGCCAUCAUGGCAAGGUUGCAAAACUGGUGGACUGUAUGGGAUGAGAUUCAUGACAAUAAUGGCUUUCAUGCGGGUGCCUUCCAACGCAGCAGUCUCAAACUCGCUCUUCAUUAUGCUAGGAUUUUCGUUCUCUGUGCAUCGCUGGCGCGCAUUCAAAAACUACACCCUGGUUACUCGGACUCCGAGUCAGAGGACAUCGACCAGAAUGUUCUGAAUUUAUGGCAGUCGCUGGUCACUACAAUCAUGGACCAACUGGCAUUUUUAAUCACGGAACCCGCCUACCGCUGCCAGCUUUCAUGGGCGCCCACAUAUCCUGCUCUCACGAUUGCCUUUGUCAUGGUAGCAACAUUUGCCCUCCGAAUUGCGCGAUGGCGUCCGAAUCUCAUUGAUCAAGAAGUGCUCCUAGAAAGAGCAGAUAAAAUAUGCGAUUUCCUGAAGCAACCCCCAUACCCCGAUGUCCACCGCACCGUUUCCAUCUUUGUAAAUUAUGCUCGGGCCCUGUUUGCUAGUCAGCCCACACACAGCAACGGCAGUGCGGAGGUGCCCGAUGUGUCAGAGCAAGGCGACGGGUCAAGUCCUCCGUACAGAGGGUCAGAUCAUUCGACUGUUAACGCCCCUCCGUCAGGACUAAGCUCUCUAGGGGAUCCCCGGUACCGACCCGGGGCACCACUUCAGAGCGACAAGGACCCGAAUAUGGCCUCGAUGCCAAGUAGCGACACAGUUGCACCCAGACCGCCUCUUCCCAGGCUACCCGAUACAAUGGAGGCGCCCAAUUGGACCAUGUCGAAUUCGAUUGCGGAUUCAUUUGGGUUGUUUGAAGAGGGGCAGAACGAUAUAUUCGAUUUCUUGCCUAUGAUGCCGUCGAUUCCUCAAUGA